GACAGGUCACCAUGGCAGAGAACAUCACCUACGCUGAGAUGAACCUUACCUUCGGCAAAGGGAAAGGACAAGGAAAGACUAAUUCAGUCAAUCUGCAGGAUGAAGAUGUCCAAGUCACAUACGUCGAUAUCAAGAAGCCUCCAGGGAAGAAGAAGGUGAAAUCUUCCAAACGAGAGAAAGAUUCUGCAGGAGGCGAUGACAUCACAGUCACGUACGCGGCGCUCAAGGAGACGACCAAGAAAAAGGGCCGAAAAUGUGAAGAAGACCAAGAAGGUCAAUGUGUGGAGAAGUCAACACAAGAUGAGGAGCACACAGACUGGAAGCACAGAGUACUUCGAGGUCGGCACUGCUCAUUGCUCCCCAUCCCCUUCCUGGUCAUCCUGUGUCUCAUUCUUCUCAUCACCACCAUCACUAGCAGAACCUCCUAUAUAACCAGUGACGGAAGUAGAUCAGGACCAUCGUCCUCAUCAGACUUGUUUUCUCUGUGUCCCGAUCCCUGGAUUCUUGUUACAGAGAAGUGUUAUUUCUUCUCUGAAAACAGAAAGAACUACAGAGACAGCAAAGAAGACUGCGAGAAACGCAACUCUAGCCUGGCAACCGUGAAGGAGGGAACCAUACUGAAGCUGGUGAAUAUCACUGAACAGGAAUUCUGGAUUGGACUUGAACAUCGUGGAACUCAUCACCAGGGUGAACCCUGGUCAGGACAAUGGGCCGACGGAAGCAUUCAAAAUCUAACCAAAGGAUCAGGAAGUUGUGCAAAGAUGAAGGGUGGCCUCCACUUACAGAACUGUAUGUCUGACCUGCACUGGAUCUGUGAAAAGGAGGUGUCGGCUCAAUGAGGUUUUAUAACAAAUGAGAAAAGAGCAGCCAAGGUCGGCCGGCGCCUGUACAAAUCUCCGAUGGAUCCACCGCCAGAUGGAUCCAAUCUAAAACGCCGGUCUUUAAAAAUGCGCCCUAUAGUCCAUAGCUUCCAGUGUGUCCUCUCCACAUCACCAGAGCGCACACAUAGUCCAUAGCUUCCAGUGUGUCCACCCCACAUCACCAGAGCGCACACAUAGUCCAUAGCUUCCAGUGUGUCCACCCCACAUCACCAGAGCGCACACAUAGUCCAUAGCUUCCAGUGUGUCCUCUCCACAUCACCAGAGCGCACACAUAGUCCAUAGCUUCCAGUGUGUCCUCUCCACAUCACCAGAGCACACACAUAGUCCAUAGCUUCCAGUGUGUCCUCUCCACAUCACCAGAGCGCACACAUAGUCCAUAGCUUCCAGUGUGUCCUCCCCACAUCACCAGAGCGCACACAUAGUCCAUAGCUUCCAGUGUGUCCUCUCCACAUCACCAGAGCGCACACAUAGUCCAUAGCUUCCAGUGUGUCCUCUCCACAUCACCAGAGCACACACAUAGUCCAUAGCUUCCAGUGUGUCCUCCCCACAUCACCAGAGCGCACACAUAGUCCAUAGCUUCCAGUGUGUCCUCUCCACAUCACCAGAGCGCACACAUAGUCCAUAGCUUCCAGUGUGUCCUCUCCACAUCACCAGA